UCCGCAUGUCAGUCAAGUCGGUCAAGUCAAGUCAAGUCAAAUCUGAAGAUUACUGAAGAUUGUGAUUUGUGCGGGCUUGUGUUGUAAAAUUGUGUAUUAUCGUGAAGCUGUAUUGUGUCCUAUUUACUAAAUCUAAUUAAGAAAAUGGUUUUAACAAAGGAAUUCAGAAUAUGCAUGCCGAUGACCGUCGAAGAGUACCGCAUUGGUCAGCUGUACAUGAUAGCUAGACAUAGCUAUGAACAGUCCAGCAAUGGGGAGGGGGUGGAGGUAGUGGCCAAUGAGCAGGUCACCGAUGAAGUUAAUGGAGUGGGACAGUAUACAGAGAAGAGAAUCCAUCUAUCUAGUCAUUUGCCGUACUGGGUCCAGUCCUUGAUACCAAAAAUCUUUUAUGUCACUGAAAAAGCAUGGAAUUAUUACCCAUACACUAUUACAGAAUACACAUGUUCAUUUAUUCCAAAGUUUGCUAUCUCAAUCCAAACGCGAUAUGAGGAUAAUAAUGGGACUACAGAGAAUUGUUUGGGAAUGACACCCGAAGAAUUGGAACAAAGGGAAGUUGAUUUCCUAGAUAUUGCUUAUGAUGAGAUCAAGCCACAUCAUUAUAAGGAGGCAGAAGACCCUAAGUUCUUCAAGUCACAGAAGACAGGUAGAGGUCCCCUCGUGGAAGGCUGGAGGGAGAAUCAUCAGCCCAUCAUGUGCUGCUACAAAGCCGUGAGCGUCAAAUUCGAGGUGUGGGGCUUGCAGACUAAAGUGGAGGAGUAUGUUCAAGGCGCGAUUCGAGAAAUUCUGUUGCUUGGACAUCGUCAGGCGUUUGCUUGGAUGGAUGACUGGUUCAACAUGACCAUAGAAGACGUGCGGGAAUACGAACGCGAAAUGCAAGCAAAAACUAAUAUCAAGUUAAAAUCAGCCAUAGAGAGUGCCGAGGGAUCUAACGAGGACAAGAAUUCGGAUUCUUCCAAACCACAAACACCAAAGAGUCCUAAGACGCCGAAGAGUACGAGCAGCACUCCUACAGCUGAAGGUCGGUCGUGGUUCAACUGGUCCUAAGUUGGUCACCACUGAGAAGGGCUUGAAUCCUAGCUAUUUAUUUAGAUCCCUGCGUGUUUAGUCUACAGCUGUCUCUGUUACGCAUUAUUUACGUCCGAAGUUUGGUUUGGUAGAACAUAGUCUUUAGCUUAGUAAUGGCUAAAACUAUAGUACUCCUAGUAUCAAGCCCUUCAGUAUAAAGUUGAAUUUGAUCUCAUCUUGCUGUCACGACAGGGUUUGAUUUUGUCGAAUUGAUGUGUUCACCUAUUGCCUUCGGAGUUAUAUCUUCCACCACAGUCUCUCCUUAUGAUUUCACAAUUAAUAAUAAUUAUGCAAUUUUGUUCCUAGUUUUUCUUAUUUGUAAGUUAUACUCAUUGUUGAAAUGGUGUUAGUUAGACAAUAUUAUUUAAUGAAACCUUACCUAGGGGACGCUCUAUACUAAGGAGUUGUUAUAGUUGAAACCCUGCUUGAUGUGAGAAUGGAAUGCGGAAUAGUAUCGGCGAGCGUUGGUAAAACUUAUAGAGAUCAAUCAGAAGAAUAAAUUAAGGUGCCUCUAAGAGUACACAGCGAAAUCAUAAUGGGCUAUAAGUAUAACUCGAAUAAUGGACGACCUCUAUUUAUAAUAAUAAUUGUAAGUUGAAAUGUUUCUUAUACAAAUAUAGGCACCUUAAUGUCCUAUUCAGUGAAGUAUUUUUGAGAUUGACAUUGAAAAUGGGAUAAUGUCCCUACAGUAGCCAUAUAAUGUAAGUAUGCUAUUUGUUUGUACAGAUACAAAAUUGUGGAACUAAGACUUCAGCCUCAUAUGUAUGUAUAUUAAAAAUAUUUCGAUAUUUCGACGACUUUUAUGUCGCUUUAUUGACUUCUAAUCUGACUGUGUAAACCCCAAAGGGGAACUUAUUCCUAUAUAACAUUCUUUAAAUAUUUCCUAGUUAUGUAUGAUGUUAGUAUAUGUUUUAGAUAACUUUAUGUUUGAUGUUGUAGAUUUUAUUAGUAUGUUGUCUUUAUUGUGUGUUAGUAACCUUUGAACAAGGCCUUUAGAAAUGGUUGUAUUUAAGUAAAGUCGAAUUAUCUACAGAAUAUGUAAGGAAACGGGUAUGUCGAAUAAACUGGAGUAAUAUCAUAGUUAUGUCUAAGGAUACGAAAUGAAUAUAAACGGUAUUGUAGUAUAUGAGUGUUAUAUGUGCAAUAUAUACAGUUUAAUGUUCUAGAACUAUAAAAUAUUGACCAAAGUCCUCGAAAUUAUAUUGUGGUUUCUAUAUAAAUGGUUAUAGGGUUGAAUAUUGAAUCAUUACUUGCUAUUGUUCGUCAGUAAUGUUUCUGUAUUGAAACAUACAUGUCUCGAUGUAAAGUGUAAUAAUAAAUGUUUAAAUAAUAACAAGUUGAGCUUGAACAAUGAACAAAUACAUUUAUAGUAAAUGCUUGCUUGAAUAAAGGAGUACAAUAUUUUUCUCCUGAGAUAUUAUAAGUACAAAACUACAGAUUAAGUUAUUGUCUGCCAGUCAACUGCAAAUACUAGUUACUUCUAAUGUAUCUACUUAACAAGGCAUUGGUACUGCCUAAUUAGAUUGAAAGUGGAAUAUCAGUCUUUAAAGUAAGUCUCGAUGUGUUUAUAUGUAUGUAUUUAUGUAUGAAAUCAAUAGGCCUGGGCCGAGUCAGGUCGGGUGUAAUCGUAAGAGUAAUGUUUUGUUCACAAUGCCGUUGGCUGGCCUAUAAGUAGUAUGGUUUUGAAGACUUUUUCCAUAGCGCGCUACUUUAUGCUUAUUAGCUCGAUCCUAGUGUAAUUAUUUUCUACUAUGAAUUCUUAUGAUUUUUUUAAACCUCGAAAACUAUUGAAAUUAUGGCGUCCGCAAAAAUAUCAUAAAUAUUUAUCGUUGUACAUAAUUGGAAUUGUUGUUAAGUCACAAAUUGAUAAACGGCUAUAAAUAUUACUAAGUUUGCAAGUUAUGUUUAAAUGUAACUUAUCGCUAAAUGUUUCAUGUACGACGUUGUCAAUCAAAUAUAAUGAUUGUUUAUCGAUAA